AUAAUAUUCUUUUUCAUGACCGGGCAAGUGAAAUUGUUAUCAGUGAGGGGUCAAUCUGUUGCCCCGUCCGGCACAAUCCGCCGAGAGGUCACUCAUGUAAUCAGCUCUGGUGACCACAUCAUGCGUCCACUCUUCAACAGACCACCGUUCGUGGCACAUCGUGGACCUGCUCUCCAGAUUCUCCUCAAUACCAAUUUCAACAUGCCUGAAUCCGCGAGCGAAUAUGUUUCUCUGGAUGAGUCCAACCAGCAAAGCUGUUUCGCUAACAUUAUGGGACACCCAAGGGAACGCAAGAUGUUCAUUGUCAUCGUAAUUCUAUCGGUGGCUGUUGCAGUAUUGAUGUCCACUACUGUAUACUAUGCAAAACAUGGCUGUUCGGUAGAUCCUGUGCACCCGACAACUGUGAUUCCACCAACAUCAACUCACGUGUAUCCAACCACCACUUCACCAACCACAAAAUCACCGACCACCAAAUCACCGACCACCACUUCACCAACCACUACCACUCCACAGCACACCACCCAACCACCAACAAGCUCUACUGAACUACCAACCAGAUCCACCCAUCCACCAACCAGACCCACCCAUCCACCAACCAGACCAACCCAUUCACCAACCAGAUCUACGCAUUUGCCGACCAGUUCCACCGAAACAUCUCCAACUACAGCUCCAACCACAAAUAUACCUACAUCCUCAUAUUAUCCAGUAAGGACAACUGAGAAAGAGACUUCAGUCUAUUCGUUCGCUCAGGACACAGGCUACUGGUAUCCUACAGUAUCUACUGUUAAAGUACCAAAGACCUUAAAACACAAAAAGAAGCCAUAUGUCGAUGAUGUUUAUUUUUGAGUUAAAUUCAUCACUACUCAAAAUAUAAAAUGCUGUUGAUAUAGAUCAGUAAGAUCAAUAUAUUAUAGGUUAUUUAUUGUGAACAUUUCGUGAUUUUACCAAAGUUUUAGUCAGUAUUUUACCUUUACUUAAAUAGUGUAUAUUUUAAAUAUUAUCCAUUAGUUAUUAAAGUGGUCUUGUGAUAUAAACAUAUAAUUUUAAUGUUAUUAUAGGUAAUUUAUAAGAUUACUAAUAGAUAGAAUAUGUAUUGUUAUUCCCACAUUUUACAUUGGUAAAAAGAUCUGGAGCAUUUAAUAAUGAAUUGUAAAAAUAUAUCUUGGCUCCGUUUUCGGAUCAAUAGUAUAGUAAACACUAUAUAUGUUUAAUGUUACAUGUGCCUUUUUAAGUUUAUUUUUGUUAAAUACACGUUAUAAACACAA